UUCUGGUAAACCGUAGUUUGAGUUGGCUGUACUCAAACAACUGUCUCUAUUUAUUAUGUUUGUCAACAUAUUUUUAUAAUUAAUUUAAUUUAAAAUGACAUUUAGAAAAGUUGUUGAUAAUUUUGAGCGUUUCUUCGACAAAAAUCUAACUGAUCUUGUUAGAGGGAUCCGCAAUAAUAAAGAAAAUGAGGCCAAAUACAUUGCCCAAUGUAUUGAAGAGAUUAAAGAGGAAUUGAAACAGGAUAAUGCUGCUAUUAAAUCAAAUGCUGUUGCCAAAUUAACUUAUUUACAAAUGCUUGGGUAUGACAUGAGUUGGGCAGCUUUCAAUAUCAUUGAAGUAAUGAGUUCUACCAAAUUCACCCAUAAGAGAAUUGGUUAUCUCGCAGCUUCACAAUGCUUCAAUGAAAACACAGAAGUUAUUAUGUUGACAACAAACAUGAUCAAAAAGGAUUUAAAUUCUCAAAAUAUGUAUGAUGCCGGCUGUGCAAUGUCUAGCCUUUCCUGUUUUGUUUCAACUGACUUAAGCCAUGAUCUCGCAAAUGAUAUAAUGACUCUGUUGUCGUCAACAAAGCCUUACCUGCGAAAAAAGGCUGUUCUGCUUAUGUUCAAGAUAUUUCUCAAAUAUCCUGAAGCAUUAAAGCCUGCCUUUCCUCGAUUGAAAGAAAAAUUAGAAGAUCCAGAUCCAGGAGUACAAUCUGCCGCUGUUAAUGUGAUUUGCGAGCUUGCUAGGAAGAAUCCUAAAAACUAUCUUUCAUUAGCUCCAAUUUUUUUCAAAAUAAUGGGAACUUCAACAAAUAAUUGGAUGUUGAUAAAAAUUAUAAAACUUUUUGGUUCUUUGAUGCCCAUUGAACCUAGAUUAGGAAAAAAAUUAUUAGAACCAUUGACUAAUAUCAUUCACAGCACCUCUGCCAUGUCACUUUUAUAUGAAUGUGUUAACACCAUUAUAGCUAUUUUGAUUUCUAUUUCGAAUGGUUUGCCUUACUACAAUUCUUCCAUCCAGUUAUGUGUACAGAAGCUACGAAUUUUGAUCGAAGAUUCCGAUCAAAACCUCAAAUAUCUUGGACUCCUUGCUAUGAGUAAAAUAUUAAAAACUCAUCCUAAAAGUGUUCAAGCUCAUAAAGAUCUGGUGUUGGCGUGUUUAGAUGAUAAAGAUGAAUCUAUUCGGUUAAGGGCUCUUGAUCUUCUUUAUGGUAUGGUCUCAAAGAAGAAUCUUAUGGAAGUAGUGGAAAAAUUAAUGAAAAAUAUGUCCGAAAGUCAAUUAGGAAACAAAUAUCGUGAUGAAUUAUUAUCCAAGAUAAUUGACAUUUGCUCGCAAAAUGACUAUCAAUUCAUAGUUGACUUUGAAUGGUAUUUGUCAGUUCUCAUAGAUUUGACUCGAGUCGAAGGAGGGACCAGCCAUGGUACCCUUAUUUCACAAAAGAUUCUUGAUGUUGCUAUAAGAGUGGAAUCUAUUCGAAAAUUUGCAACGAACCAGAUGGCUAUAAUUAUUGAUAAUUCUUAUAUGUUCAUCAGUACCUCAGUAUGUGAAGUAUUAUACGCAGCUUCUUGGAUAUGUGGUGAAUUUGUUGAAUAUUUACCUGAUAAACAAAAUGUCCUUUUUGGCCUUCUAGUUAAACAGUCUUUACCGGCACAUAUUGAGUCAAUUUUUAUUCAUAAUGCUUGCAAAAUUUAUUCAAAAAUUUGUGAAGAGGAAAAGGAUACUGAAAAGUUGAAAGAAAUUGCAAACAGAAUCAUAGGUUGUUUAGAUCCAUUUUUGGUCAGUGAAGAUCUUGAAGUUCAAGAAAGAGCAACAAAUUUUUUACAAAUAGUUAAAAUUAGUCUGGAACCAGAAACCACAAACUUUGCAUCAAUCUUUUACGCUUAUCCAUUAAAUCCUGUUGCUUCGAUCGCUCAACAAAAAGUACCAGUUCCUCAAGAGCUACUUAUCGAUGAACCUUUCAGAGACGCAGAAGAAGAAGUGGAAGAGGUUAAUCAUUUUAUACAAAGUUUCUAUGUUAAAGAAAACAAUGAAGAUGGCUAUCAAGAUCAUCAAGAUUAUCAAGAUCAACAAGAUCAACAAGAUCAAAGCGAUCAACAAGAUUCAAAAUACAAAGAUACCAAACAUAGACAAUUGGAUCGUGAAAACAAUCCCCAUUAUCUGAAGACAAACAAGAAAAGAAAUUUCAAUGAAACUGAUGUGAUUUGUGAACCAGAUUCAGCUGAAGAAGCCUAUGACUUUACACUCAAAGAACGAAAUAAAAACUUCAUUCCUGGACUUGCCUCAUCUGAGGCUUAUGCUAAGAAAAGCAAAGAAAGUAGGAAAAAGUCGAAAAAAAGUAAAAAGCCCGAUGAAAACCAGGAAGAAGAAGAUAGCCAACUAGUGACAAUCAAAGGUUUAGAGAUGCCGGAAGGUGCUGAAAUCGAAGAUCCAGAACCUAUCAAAGUUAAAAAGAAAGUUACCAAAAAGAAGGUCAAGAAAGAGAAAGAAAAAGAAAAGGAGAAAGAAAAAGGAAAGGAGAAAGGAAAAGAAAAAGAAAAAGGAAAAGAAAAGUCCAAAAAGAAGAAAAUCAAGCAAGAAAAAGCGACGUAAUAGUUUCAUGUUUAUAAUAAUAAUUAUAAUGAAAGAUUAGAAUUCCUUGUAAUUUUGUUUAAUGCGAUUUAAAAUUAAUAAAUUUAUGAAUUUUUA